AUGAAGACGAUGGACGACGUCUCCCACUCGCCCGACGCCGACGACUGGAAGCUGAGCGGGCGGGCCGACAGCUACGACACGUCCUCGGGCUCGUCUGACGCGCAGUCAUCAAGCACAGUGCCUGGCCCCGGCGAGCUCAGCGGGAAGGCGAUUAUGGCGCUGGGAAGGGCGACCAUCCGCGGCAUCGACCACUUCGUCAUCAUGCGCCAGCUCGCAGUCAUCGCGGGGCAGUUCCCGCUGCGCGGAGCUGCUGGGGAGAGGGAGGAGGAGGUGCGAGAGAUGUUUGUUGAUUUGCUCGAGUUUUCACGACCAGGACUGUACCGAGAGGAGGUCAACAAAAAGGCGCUGCGUCUGCUGCUUGCCCAAAUCGCCACGGGCGAAACGGCGCUGCUCAUCCGCGUGCUUUCGCAGUGGGACAAACUCGAGCUGAAGCUCUUCCUUGCGGAAGUGCUGGUCCAGUUGGCCCCACUUUGGAACCCCCGCUUGGGCUCUUUCCUCUCCGCUCCACUCCUAACCGCCUACACCAAUGCCGGGCCACCCACACCCAUGACCCCGCUGCUCCACUUCUUAUCUAGGCUCGUGCGCACUCGUGCGUCCAUUUGUCAGGUGACCCUCGAUGUAGGGGUUCUCGAAGUCAUAGCAAGUCUUCGGGACUUUAGCCAAUGCGUUCCGUUUACGAACGUCCUACUCCUCGACAUCGCGGCUUAUCCAGAGCAUCGACAAGUCCUCUCGGCCCACCCGCUGCUCAAGCUCUGGCCUCUCCAUCCAAUCACUCAGGAUACUGUUUGCCCGCCGUUCGCCACGCGAGAGCGCGUCAUGUUCCUUAACUCAGAACGUGAUAUUCUGGAAGCUGACUUGGUGCUAUAUGGGACCAUCAACUUACUCUCCUUGAUUGCUUUGCCUUGUAUCUCUGGACUGGACUCCCCGCAGCUCUUCGCCGGACUAGCAUUCGGCGUGGAGUACGACCAGGCACUGCGGGUGUACCUGCUUACGAGCCCGUACAAAGCCAAGGUUGCGCUGCUUUCGCGGAUAUUCAGAUACGUCCGGGAGUACUCUGCAAGAAAGGAAGACGGACUCCGUAGCCGAUACUCCGUUCUCUUUGCGCUCAAGCUGGUCUCCGCUGCAGCGUGGGGCCCCAGCAACCGUGCGGCUCUUCUAGAUGCCGGGGUCAUUGGUUUCCUCGUUCGCAUCGUCGAAACCGAAGUGCCCCAAAGCUAUGCUGGAAUUGCAGCCAGCCAAAUUCCAGACCUGCUUGCUAUCUCGCCACCCACCGGGAAGGCAACGCGCUCACGUGGCCGUACACGCGCAAAGACAGAGUCGCAAGCCGAGGCGCCGGAAAUUGUGCCGUACGAUCUGUCAAGCGUUCCAGCGGGAAUAUGCGACGCCGGCCUUGCGCGGUUGCUCGGCGGACCGUUGGCUCGGACGUCCCGUCUCGUCGGGCUGAUCGCAGCAGCCUUUGCGGCGCUUUUCCCGCCGGAAAGUGGACAUUGA